GUAUGGACACACAUGCGAUACAGCAGCGAGAGCUCCUGUCUGCAGCGGGUAGCUAGCCAGCUCUAGCUAGCGCUUCCACCUGAACCUUGGUCAUAACCUACAGGACAUUACAGGACUCUUAAUUCCCCCUUGGCCCUCUCUGAACUGGACCAUCCUGCAGGGCGACAUGGGGGAAAGACGGACACAGUCCUUCAACACGACGUGCCACGUGCAACGUGAAUAUGGCAGCAGGAUGAGGAGCUGUUUCAUAAGUUACAGGCCCAACGGCUAUGCCAGCACAAGCCUCAGCCUGGCCCAGGAGAUGGUUGCUGACCCUGAAGCCUCCGGAACUACAACUUCUAGCUCUGCCCUUGCUCCUGAACCUGACAGAAGCCACUACUCUCCUGUUUCACUGGAACAGGACCCCACAGCGGUGAAUAAUGGAUCAGGCAUUCCCUGCUGUCCGCCAGCAGACACAAAGGACCGAGCUCUGCAGACCAUACACAGUCAGCCGUCUAUUACCUCUGUCCCACCACCUGUCCCUCCACCUCUCCCUCGUUCGAGCUGGCUGCAUCAUCAAAAGGAUUUCCACAGCCCUUACAUCAAGACUAGCAUGCAAGGGGAUGUUUACAACUUCCUAGAGAGACCUGCUGGACUAAAAUGCUUCCUCUACCAUUUCCUUGUCUUCCUUAUGGUCCUGGUAUGUCUCAUCUUCAGUGUCCUGUCCACUAUAGAGCAAUAUGCAGACUUUGCCACAGGAACCCUCUUCUGGAUGGAGAUUGUGCUGGUGCUGUUCUUUGGCUCGGAGUAUGUGGUCCGGCUGUGGUCGGCAGGCUGUCGCAGCAAAUAUGCAGGCAUCAAAGGACGCCUCCGCUUUAUCAGGAAGCCCAUAUCAAUCAUAGAUUUGAUCGUGGUCAUUGCUUCAAUCAUAGUGCUUGGUGUAGGGUCCAAUGGCCAAGUGUUCGCCACGUCUGCCAUCAGGGGCAUCCGUUUCCUCCAAAUCCUGCGCAUGCUCCAUGUGGAUCGACAGGGAGGAACAUGGAGGCUCCUCGGAUCUGUAGUCUAUAUUCAUCGACAGGAGCUGAUCACCACCCUGUACAUCGGCUUCCUGGGCCUGAUCUUUUCCUCCUACUUUGUCUACUUGGCGGAGAAGGAUGCUGUUGACGAGGAGGGCAAGACGGGCUUCUCCAACUAUGCCGAUGCCCUGUGGUGGGGUGUGGUGACUGUCACCACAAUUGGGUAUGGAGACAAAAUUCCUCAAACGUGGAUAGGCAAGGCCAUCGCCUCCUGCUUCAGUGUCUUCGCCAUCUCCUUCUUCGCUCUACCUGCUGGUAUCCUGGGCUCAGGGUUUGCCCUGAAAGUCCAACAGAAACAGAGACAGAAGCAUUUUAACAGACAGAUCCCAGCUGCAGCCUGCCUCAUCCAGACACUCUGGAGGUGCUAUGCAGCAGAAAAACCAAAUGGCUGUGCUGCUACAUGGAAAAUGUAUGUUCUCACUCCAGAGGCUGUCAGCACAGUGGAAUCUGACAACUUCAGCCCUAACAUCAGGAAACUGAACAUAUCGAAAAGGGGCACCAAGAGGAGGUUGAAGUCCAGAGGAAAUGGCUCUUUGGGCGCGGCCUCAGAGAGAGCUGUGUCGAUCCCCCAGAUCACCUACGACCACAUUGAUGACUCUGAGGAGAAGAAAGAUGUCUCAUUUUUCCAUGAAGAGCCAAGGAGGGGUCUUGAAGGAAUCAACAGAAUGUUCAAACCAUCAGGCCCUCCUCACCAUUCUUGGUCGUCUUUCACUAUGAGCUGCCCUGGCUCUCCAGUCAAGAGGAAUCAUGAUAACAGCACCUUCAUCGACAUCUCCCGCGCCAACAGUUUAACUGAUGAGCUGGACUACGUGAGUGAGGACAUUCCGCUGCCUGUGGUGACUAACCGAACACAAAGGGAGUUGUCCCAUGCCCAGAGAUCAGCUGUAAAAGUCCUCCGCAGAAUGCAGUACUUUGUGGCCAGGAAGAAAUUUCAGCAAGCGCGGAAGCCCUAUGACGUGCGAGACGUGAUCGAGCAGUAUUCCCAGGGUCACCUCAACAUGAUGGUCCGCAUCAAGGAGCUUCAGAGAAGGCUGGACGGCACACUGGGGAAGCCAGGAAUGUUUCUUCCAGGAAAAGGGGAAGAUAAAGAAUACCCAACGAUUGGAGCACGUCUGAUCAGGCUAGAAGAUAAGGUCCAUCAGAUGGACCAGAAAAUGGACUCUGUCUUGCAGAUCCUGAUGGAGCAGUUUCCACCCAAACCGGAGCUGACGUCCAAGCCUUCCAUCCGCAGGGUGACCAUUCAGAAGUGCAUGGGUGUCAGCAUCGACGAGGGGCCCUGAUGUCACAGCAAUGGUCACACUGGGUAUGAUGACGCCGUCACCAAAGGAGAAGUAAACGACCAGGAGUUCACAUAAACAGCCUAGCCCCCCUACAUGGCGGCCAGCAUGCAAAUAAUAAAGGGAUUCGGUCUUCCAAACCUCCUCCAUCUCUUCCAUUUGCAGUCCCAAAUUUUGAACAUUGACUUUUGACCACUGAGAAGAGAACAACUUUUAAUUGUCCACUUAGCACUGCAUUGCUCUGGGACAUGAGGGCAAGAGUACCACUGAGAGUGGGAUUCAAGGUGUAGAAAGAUGGCUGACUGACCUCUUUCUUCGGAUGAUUGUCUUUGAGUCUUUUUUCUUGUUCUAAAUCUAGCUUUCUCUUCUACACCAGCAUUGUGGGCCCUCAGUCUUCCCCUGAAGCACACAGUCAUUCAAGCAGCAACACGCUGCAUGAAUUUAUUUCACAACAUUAGCCUCAUAAUCACACUACUCAGAUAAUGUUAAUUUAUGUGUGGCCUGUCACUGAGCUGCAUUCCCCUACUCCAAAUAUUAUUCCAAAGCUAACUAACCCAGUAAUGAAGUUGUAAUGCAAUCAAAGCACUCAAGCUCCCCAAAGACACAGAGAAAAACUGAGAGUCCAGCCAUGGCAGAGGCAUUCCUCAAAUCCUUCUGAUUAUCUUGGCACCAUCCACACCCAGUACACAACAGGGUUAUUUCCAUAGCCACAUAUCCAUCUAGCCUAACUGUACUUAGGCUGCGCCGGGUGUUUGUUAGUAGUGAUCGAAUAACACGAGGAGGGAAGGGCAGAUUAUCUGUUGACUUUGCCCUGCGUUAGGGACCGGAAGGCUGGAGUAAAAGGAGUAAAAGAAAUGGAGUUAAAUAGAUGUGUCUGGUGCACAUGGUGCUGAUUUACAAAUAUGUUGAAGCUAAUAAAAAUAGCCAAACUGUCUGUGACAGGCCCGGUGUGUUACAGGAAAACAGUCAGAAGUUAUGGCGUGGUCUUUAAGUUUCCUCCAAGAUUUUCACUGGGAGACUUUAUUAUAUAUUGAUAUCAACACUUUUAGUAGCUCCACUACUCACACCAUCACCAAGACCCUGCCAAUAUCCUCUAUUACCCUCUUCAGGGGGCUCACACUGCUGUGUGCAAUUUGAAAUAAAUUUGCCCCAUUAGAGCUCUGAUUAUUUUUUUUCUCCAGAGCUAAUUAAGUGCUGAAUUCCUGGUAAGGGGAGAUUACUCACUGUGAGGGACUAAUGAAAAGAAACACUGGAAAAUGUGCAGAAUUUAAACUGUAAGCUUUGAGGAACAGGCGCACUAAUUCUCUGUGAAAGGUUUGGAAAUAUCCGCCUACUACUGAGAGCACACGUUUGAAAUAAAAAAGACAAUGCUCUCACUUUGUUCCCAUACUAUAAGUAUUUAUCUGAUGCUGAGGCAUGUAGGAUGUAGAAAAUAGAAAAUAACUCUAGCUAUGUAGCUACUUUAUGAAAGGCUUCCCAUUGUUAGACGAAUGCACGUCGUCUAGAGGAGGGGUGAAAAAGGGAAGGGGAAAGUGGAAAGCCUUUCUCUAUCUGCACUAGUAUAUAUUUUCAUAUUUUUGCUGUGUUUAAACAUUUUUAAUUUAAAUUUAUCUUACAUUAAAUAAAGUGGUUGUAUUUUAAAGGCACUCUCAUUUUGUGACAUACCUUGAUACAUAUCUGUCUGUUCUCCUGUACAGUUUUAUAAAAGUUGUAAAUAGAAACAUUGCCUUAUUGCACUGUAUUUAUUAUCAUGUGGAAAGAUCAACCUGGAACAUGUCUGCUUGUUGAAGUGAUGAGAAACACAGAGAGUGAGGCUCCUGUUGUGCAGAUGGAUGGAAAUGAUUGUAAAUGAUAUUCACGCACACCCUCUGCACUGUA